AAUAUUUGUGAUUGGAGGAGCAUUUCAAGAAGACAUUUGAAGAUUGAGUAUGGAAUAUUAUUUGUAUUAUCGUAGUUGGAUGUACGAUAGAGUGGAACCAGGAAGACGUGCACUUAAACUCAAUUUUAUAGAAGGAGUUAACGGGUUUAUCACGUGGGCGUUUGCUCAAGAAUGUUGUCGAAGCGAAGGAGGAGUUAGGUGUCCCUGUCUUAAAUGUGAAUGUAGACCUAUAAUUAGUGACCCAGAUGAAGUGGUCAGGCAUUUGUAUAGAAGGGGUUUCAUGGAAAAUUAUUGGGUCUGGACGUAUAAUGGUGAAAAAUUGCCGAGUAAAGACUUUUAAAGAUGUUAAGGGCGAUGAUAGAGAUCAUUGGUUUGCGAAAUUUCAGGAAAAAUGUGUGUGGGAACCAAUGAAAGAGAGACAGAUUAAAAAAAAUUAUUAUGGCAGAACUGCAAGACGACUUUCUGACAUGCUACGACGUGUUAGAAAGCGUUGGGAACUUCAUGGCAUCCGUCCUAGUUGGAUAGGAGAAGAAAUCUUUCGGGAACUUCUUAAAUAUUGGGAGAGUGAUGAGUUUGCGGCCAAAUCUGAAAAUGCAAAGAAGAUGAGAGCAUCUGAAAAGGGUGGUUGCCUUAAUGCUGUUGGAAGUAUAAGCACUGCUGAGCAUGUUCGUCGCAUGACUAAGGAAUUAAAUAGACCUCCACUUAUGACCGAGCUGGUUGCGAGGACUCGGAAAAAGAAAACAGGAGCUUUUGUUGACAGUCGUACACAAAAAGCUAUGGAUGAUUAUCAGGCAUUGCUUGUACAAUUUCUGACUGCUAAUCCUAAGUAUACUCCAAGACCGGGAGAGCCGCUUCAUCCAGAUGUAGAUUUUUAUCUUUGGAGUAAAGUCAUUGGCGGCAAGGGGCCUAACGGGUGUUUUUUUGGUGGUGGAAAUUUGGCAGGCACCUUGAGAUCUGAUGAUAGAACUCUAUAUCAAAGAGUUCUCGACGGGGAAGGAGGUUCACGUCCUGUAACUUUAACAGAUGAACAGAGAGACACUAUAAGACAAUUGGCGAUAAAUGAGGUGAGGCGUGAGGCGGCGGAACGUGAAGCGGCACUGAAAGCCCAAAUGGAGGCCCAAAUGAGGGCAAUGCGGAGUGAGCAUCAGCGGGAAAUGGAGGUCAUGGCGAAAAGACAAUCGGAUAUGGAGGCACAAAUGCGACAAUUUAUGCAAUCCUUUGGUGGAAACCAAAAUAUGGGGAGUUCUGCGCCGACUGAUCAGGAAAAUCUAAAUGAGGAUGAGUUUCCCGACCCGGAUUGAUUGUUGAUUUAGUUUAGUUUUUAUUUUGUUGUUAUAACUU